CAAACAACGGAGGAAUAAAACAAGCAAGGAGCCGUUUCAAAGACGUAUCCCGCCUACUACUACUACUGAUGCUACUCCAUUGACUGCGUGACUUUAUUCAAACGUCUGAUAUUGAAUAUGACUCUGUGAACGCACAAUUCCUGUCUUAAUAGAUUCUCCCUCAGAAGACCCACCCUUCCUUCGUCAGUUAUGAUUAGCAUCAGGAUUUUGGGAAAUGCAUGUUGUUUGAUGGUACUACAUGGAACAUUACCAAUAGCAACUCUUAAAGUGUUUGAGACAACAGUGAAUUAUUGUAUGUGUAUUUAACAAAUCUAAACAAUAAGUAAAAUUUGUUUUGAAUAUUAGAUUCAUAUAUCAGCAGUGAAAUCUGGUUGUAGUCCUUCAAGAUAUUGUAAUUAAUUUUUAACAUAUUUGUUGAGUACUUAUUUGUAAACAAUUUUAUGUUAAGAGUUGUGAAUUGAACACAUUGUCAUUACAGAACGGGACAGGACAUAAGGCUAAAAUGAAUCCAGAAUAUUCUUUAGAAUUUCCUUUGAAAAGUGAAAUGGAAGGUGCAUUAUCACUACCUUCCAUAAAUCAAGAAAACAGCAACUUGGCUGCCUUUAGUGGAACCAGUGAUGAAGACUUUUUGUCUUUGGAUCCAUUGAUGGACAUCAAAAUAGAGCCAGAGGAAUUCUGUGAGUCUAAUGAAGAUGAUGAAUAUUCAUAUGAAAUGAAUUCAACAGUGAAUGAAAAACAUCCACAAACUUGCAAAAAGGAAGUAAAACAAGAAAGAAGGAAUAGUCACAAUGGCGAGAAGCCUUUCAGAUCCACUGACUGUGAGAAAGCGUUUUACAAGAAAAUUAAUCUUACAAAUUAUAUCCCAAAUCCUACCAGAGAGAAAUUCAUAUGCAAUGACUGUGGGAAAGCAUUUUCCCAUAAACCAUAUCUUACACAUCAUAUGAGAUUGCAUACUGGAGAGAAGCCAUAUAUGUGCAAGGAAUGUCAGAAAGCAUUUUCCACGAAAGAUAUUCUUACAGUUCAUUUGAGAAUCCACACUGGAGAGAAGCCAUUCAUGUGCAAAGAAUGUGGGAAAGCGUUUUCCCGCAAAACAGAACUUACACGUCAUAUGAGAAUCCAUACCGGAGAGAAGCCAUUCGUAUGCAAAGAAUGUGGGAAAGCAUUUUCCCAUAAAUCAAAUCUUACACUUCAUAUGAGAUUGCAUACUGGAGAGAAGCCAUUCAUAUGCAAAGAAUGUGGGAAAGCAUUUUCCCAGAAACGAGAUCUUACACAUCAUAUGAGAUUGCAUACUGGAGAGAAUCAUCCAUUCAUAUGCAAGGAAUGUGGGAAAGGAUUUGCCCACAAUCAUCAUCUUACAAUUCAUAUGAGAAUCCAUACUGGAGAGAAGCCAUUCAUGUGCAACGAAUGUGGGAAAGCAUUUUCCCAGAAAUCAAAUCUUACAAAGCAUAUGAGGUUGCAUACUGGAGAGGAAAAAGAAACAACAUAAUAAAAUAAACCAGUUAAGGCAGAGAUCUCUCAAAUGACCAACUAUAUGAGAGAUCAAAAUCACUCACAAAAUCUGCUCAAGAAAAUAAUGAAAAAAUACAGAAUAGGGGAUGAACAAAAGAGUGGAAAACUGGCAGAACACCAAGCCAAUAUAAAGGUCCUAGCUUCACAAGUAGGAAACAAACAACAGAAGAUAAAAGUAAAUUCAAAUUCAAAUUUAAAUUUAUGUUUCAGCUGUAGAGCCAUAUACAAAAUAUUACGAUAAAAUUAAUAGUUAUAUACAAAUAUAUUAGGAAUAAAACAAAAGGUCUAAACACAGAAAAUGUGUUUAGACCACUCUUUAAAAACAGAUAAAUGAGCAGUUUGAUGAAAAUCCAAAGAGUGUGUAUAGGAAGAUUUCGAAAGAAAGUGGAGGUACGAACACCACCGAGCAAGGAAGACCUACAGAGAUUUUGGAAGCCACUGUUUGAAGACCCUAGACAACACCAAGAGAAUUCAUGGAUUGAUACCAUUAGGCAGAAGAACAGCUAGAAACAGCAAAUGUCACCAAUAAGGUUCACCAUCGAAAAAGUAACAAAGAAAAUAAAAGAAUAUAAUAAUUUCAAGAUAACAGUAAUAGUAAUUUCUGGCUAAAAAGAUCACAGCACUACAUCAUCACACUUAUGCACAUGCCUUCUCAAGCGUGGCUCACAGCAAGAAAUACCAACCUUCUCUCUAAGAGCUCUGAGACUGAGCUCCCUAACAAAUAUAGGCCCAUCUGCUGCUUACCAAAAACCUACAAAUGGGUCACAGGAGUCAUAGCAGACAAUAUCUGUGAACACCUACAUCAAGGCAAAUAUAUGGAAAAAGAACGAAAGAGAUGCACAAGAAACAAAUUAGGCACUAAAGAUCAACUGCUAAUAAACAAAACAAUAUUAGAAGAUUGUAAGAAAAGACAAAGGAAUCUUAAUAUGGCUUGGAUAGAUUACAAGAAGGCAUUUGACACCAUGCCAUGCACCUGGAUAUUCCAAUGUAUGGAAUUAGACAACAUCAAUGAGGAAAUAAGAUCUUUCUUGGGAGCACAGAUGAGAUUGUGGAAGACCACUCUUUGUCUAAAACACUGAGGGCCAGAUAGUAAUUCCAGACAUUAAGAUCCAAAGAGGAAUAUUCCAGGGUGACAGCCUCUCAUCACUUCUGUUCUGCUUGACCAUAGAUCCACUUAGUAAAAUCUUGAACAACAUUAACACUGGCUAUGACCUAAGCAAAAGCAGAGGAAGAAAAGAGAAUAAAAGAGUGAACCACCUGCCCUUUAUGAAUGACCUGAAGUUGUAUGCAGAUUCAGAAGAAAAUUUGGAAGAAUUAGUUAGGACAGUCUACCAAUUCUCAAAUGACACCUGCAUGGAAUUUGGGUUGGACAAGUGUGCCAAGAGUACAAUAAAGAGAGGGAAGAGAGUAAUAUCAGAAGGAAUAAGGAAGAGGAAGGCAUGUUUGUUGAAGACCUGGCAGGGGAGUCUGCAUAUAAGAACUUGGGAAUACAAGAAAACAGUGGUAUAGAACACAAGAAAAAGAGAGAAAAGAUAAAGAAAAAAUACAUCAGCCACUUAAAAAGACCUGUAAUUCAGAACUAACACCAAAGGACAAGAUCACUACCAUAAACCAGCUGGCAAUACCAUUGGUGACAUGGUUUUGGCAUUGUAGACUGGGACACAAGGUGAGUUAGACAGGAUUGACAUUAACACCAGAAGAUUCUCACCCUACAUAAAUAUCUCCCUCACAGAGAAGGUGGGUUAUGCCUACAGAGCAGCAAUAAUAAAUAAUUCAAGGGUAGUACUUCAAAAGCUCUGAGGAUGAAAACAUCAAAAUGUUGCCCAACACCAAAGGCUAAGAACUUUGCAGAUCUGCUAGAAGACACAGAGGGUACUGAACAGACUCCAGCAAAAACGAUAGCCAGGAAGAACAGGCAGAAAUACAGUCACAGAGAGGAGAAACUUAGAAUAGAAAGGUGGAAAGACCAUGGAAGUGCAGAAAGAUUUCAAGAACUGGAAAAAUAGUUGAACAGACAAUGAAGAAUCACUUAGAUGGAUAAGAAAUGGAGAUCUAGGUUAUGAUGGAGAAAUUCUGAUAAUAGGAGCAAAAAAUCAAGACCUAAAAAACAGCUUCAAGAAAAAUGGCAAGUAUAUCAGGGAGUGACCAGUGUAGGUUUUAUCAUGCAGCGAUUGAGAGUACGAAUCAUCUGAUAUCAGCCUGCCAGACCCUUCAUGCAGAUGGUCACUACACAGCCCGCCACAACAAUAUCUGUAAAUAUAUACAUUGGAAAAUACAUAAAGAAUACAGAAUUGAAGUGAAAGAAAAAGUGUGGGAGCAUGAACCAGAUCCAAUCACCUCCAAAAGGGCCAUUACCAUCUUUUAUGACAAGGAAAUUCCAACAGGAAGAUAUAGAGAAGGAGGUGCUAUAAAACCUGAUAUUGUGACCUGGAACAAGGAGGAAAAAACAGCGAAGAUUAUAGGUGCGACACUACCCAGUGACUUUGGCCUCAAUAGAGCUGAAAGGCAUAAAAUAACAAAAUACCACGACCUACAGAACGACCUGAAAAGUACAUGGGAACUGACGGAAAUAGAAAUAGUACCUGUGGUGGUAGGGCAAUAAGACUUAUAAAGAAAAACCUGAGCAAAUAUCUUCAGGCAAUAUCAAGUUACCCAAGUAUAAAUGAGGUGCAGAUUGCUGCCCUCAUAAGAACGGUAAAUACCUUGAAAAGAGCCCUCGGAUAUUAGGCUAGUGGAACAUAGAGGUGCAACCAUAGACCCCAGGCUGGAGCCUAUUGCACCCCUGAUAUAAACUGAAAAUUAAGAAUAACAGAAGCCAGAGAGAGAAGCCAUUCAUUUGUAAGAAUGUGGAAAGGAAUUUUACAGGAAACAUCUUAUAAUGCAAAUGAGAAUUCACACUGGAAAGUAGCCACUUUCAGUAAACCCUCAAUUAUCUGCUGCAAUAUAUAUCCAAGGCUCUUGUGGAGAUUGGAAAUUUGUGAAUAUGGUAAAAAAUCUCUUUAAGAAUGUAAAAUAAACCCUAAAUCGUCAGAAUGAUUACUAGCGCUAAUUCACACCGACUGCAUAAGGACAUGUAUGAAGAAUGCUGACAAGAACAUAAACAUUACAGUGCCAUUUGGUGGGAGACGGGUGAUUACAGAGACAGUCUUAGUGGGUUAGCCAAGUGUUACUUUUAAUGAUUUUGUAAUAUGCAGAUUGCACUUAAUGGGUUCAAAGAUAUAAGCUAAUUUUAACAGUAAAUAAGUGUACAAAUAAUUGAUUAUACGAAAAUUUUUAUUUAGUCCUUUAUUUUUUGCCUGUUUUGUGACUACAGUACUGUACAGUAUGCGCUAAUAAAUAAUACAGAAAGCACUACAGUACUGUGCUGUACACAUAAUGAAAAAGUAAACUGUACAAUAUCGUCAGCUGAAUAAAUGCAUACAAAAACUAUCCUGAAUUUCUGUCACCCUCUCUCAUACCUGUUCACAUUGCCAAAACUGUUUACUUGUGGCAAACCUGGAAAAUCUCUUUUUUCUAGCAUCAUGAUGCAUAUAUGUAUGUACAAGCACAUGUACGUCAACACAAGCUUAUUUGUUAGAAAGUAGCUGCUAUUUUGUACUGCAUUUUGUUACCGCCACAUUAAUUAAAAAUCUAAUAAGCUUUUCACUCAAAUCUUAUUACAGAUGUAUCACAGCAUUACAUCUUAAGAUAUUAACUUUUUCACGUACUGCACAUCAGAGUUCUUGCUCUGAAUGUGAGCAAUUUAUAGAAACCAAGCAACACUCACUGUGUUCUCUAAGGAAUGGAGGUCAAUCCUUGAAUGCUGGCAAUGUGAGAAAGAGAGAGAGAUGCAAAACUGCAAUUGUCAUCACCUUUGAAGGCUAAAAAGAAAGUUUACACUUCACAUUUGCCUAAUUGAUAACGAGACCUUUUAAACCUUUAGAGUGAAGAGAGAGAGAGAGACUUACAGAUAUCGUGUACUACAGUAGUUUUUAAAUGGUUACAACUGA